AGAUCCAAUUUUAGGACCACAAACGCUCGAGCCACAUAGCCCACCAUUCAACCUCGAAAGAAUCGUAGCCUUCCUGUCAAUAAGAUCGAGAAACCAAUUUCCCGACCGAUUCUCAGCAAUGCCAUAGAAUUCUGGGCCUUGGCUUACUUGGGAGCUCCGGCGGCCAUCAUGGGCUUGAAUAUAAAGUCUGCCGAUUCCCGCUCCUCGGCUUGCCAUACUGGUCCAUAGGAACGUCCGAUCCUAUUGCUCCUUCAUCCCUUCACAAAUUAGUAGCGUGACUUUAUUGGCUUCAGACUUGGCACGAGGCAUAUUGAAGAAAUCAGGAAGUCAUUUACAUCAAACUUUAUAUUAUCACGCGGCCAUUCACAGAAAAGGAAAGUAGUGUGAAUCAUCGAAUUUUAAUUGAUUCAUAAAGUCCUGAAACCUGCUUAAGAACAACGCACGAAACCUCUUCCACAGACAAAGUACUACCAGACAACAUGCAUAUCUCUCUGCGUCAUAUUUUGGCUUCGCUGUCCGUAGCAGCCCUCACUUCUUCGGUUGUCGAGGCUAUCCCAACAAAGAUCCAGCGAUAUUCCGAGUCGUCUUUGUUAGCGAAGCGUGCAACGGCUAGAGAAAGCUUGACCCGAGCGGACUUUCAAAACUACGCCUCAUCAGCUAUCAACGCUCUCCAGAAAACAUACUGGAACGCCCCCUCCGGACUAUGGGGCUCCUACGACAAGAGUGGAAAGUUCUCCCCACAGUGGUGGCCUUCCGCCAAUGUCCUCACAAUGAUGGCGAACUACUAUGGAAAAUACCCAACCACAGCUACAUGGAUGCCAGAUGUUUUUGCGACAAUCUUGACGCAUGCCCCAGCGUAUGCGAAAGGAUUUCUUAAUGAUUACUAUGAUGAUGAACUUUGGUGGGUAUUGGCUUGGAUUCAAGUUUAUGAUGCGACUGGAAAUGUUACCUAUCUUAAUACCGCGGCUGAAAUAUAUGAAGAUUCCAAGAGUGUUUAUGGUAAUACUCCUUGUGGUGGCUUAUGGUGGGACAAGAACCACGCCGGUGUCAACAGUGUAGAAAAUGAGCUCUACCUCACCGCCUCCGCCAAACUCGCCAACCGCCUCCCCGCGAAAAAGAACUCUCAAGGUCAAGGUUACUACUAUUCCCAAGCUCUGAUUGCUUACGACUUCCUUAUCACCAACACCACUACCUCCAUGAACCCCUCUACUCAUCUCUUCAACGACGGCAUCUCCAUGACCACAUGCAAAAACAACGGAAAAAUCGUGUUCACUUACAAUCAAGGGAUUAUCCUAUCCGGUCUGACCGAACUCACCUGGAGCACGAGAAGUCAUUCCUACACUGCCCUCGCGGUUCAAAUUGCCAACUCAGUCAUCGCCAACAUGACUACCUCUGAGGGAAUCCUGCAGGAAAAAGCCUGCGAGCCUAAUGCCUGUAAUGGAGACGAACAACAAUUCAAAGGUGUCUUUACACGCAAUCUCUCAUUCAUGGUUAACAGAGCUACCGGCAUGGACGCAGAUGUUCUCGCCAAGUAUCGAGCUUUCCUAGCGCUCAAUGCAGAGAGUAUCAUUCGCAAGGAUACUAGUAGUGAUAACAUGCUCGGAUUGGUGUGGAGUGGCGCCACCAAACCGGUGUAUAGUGUUCAGACUGAUGGAAGCGCACUGGAUACGCUUGUAGGAGCUGCUAUCACGGCUCUGAAUUAGGGAUGAGAUUGGAUGGAAUGAAGAUGAUGACUCGUGAUGUGGAUCGAAGGACAGGUUAUGAAGAUAUGCUAGGGAGGAAGUAUGAUGUACCCAUUCCUCAAACGCCUUUUAUACUGGAGCAAU